AUGGCUUCCAAGGUGGUAAAGAAAAAGAUGCUUAUGUUAAAGGAGAAAAUGGAAAUAGUGUGUUUAUUAGAUAAAGAAAAGUUGUCAGUUCGUGAUAUUGCUAAAAAAUUUAAAAUCGGGAAAACACAAGCGGCAAAAAUAAUCAAAGAUAAAGAAAAGAUUCGAAAGAAAUGGCAGUCUGGAGUCAGUGUAAAAACGAAGAAAAACUUUUUGAGUAGUGAGGGUUCAAAGAUCGACAAAGCCUGUUUCGAAUGGUUUGUGAAAGCUAAAAAUCAAAAUAUUGCCGUAUCAGGAUCAUUCGUAAAGAAAAAAGCAAAAGAAAUUGCAGAAAAAUUAGGAGUGAGUACCUUUAAAGCGUCUGAUGGGUGGUUACAAAAGUGGCGUUUGAGAAAUAAUGUUGCAUUUAAGUGUAUCUCCGGAGAAGCAGCAGAUGUAAAUGAAGAGGGCAUUAAUGAAUUUAUGAAAAAAUUACCGACCUUCUUACUAGGCUAUCGACCAGAGGACAUUUUCAACGCAGAUGAAAGUGGGCUCUUUUUUCGUGCAUUACCAAAUAAAACUUUAGCUUUAAAGUCGGAAAAAUGCACAGGAGGAAAACUGUCCAAAGAACGAUUAACCGUUUUGUUCUGUGUAAAUAGUGUAGGUGAAAAAGAGGAGUUGCUAGUUAUUGGAAAGUCGGCACGUCCCCGAGCAUUAAAAAAUGUUGCUCCCAAGGAUUUACCGGCUAUCUGGAAAUCAAACAAAAAAGCAUGGAUGACACGAGACAUUAUGACGGAGUGGUUAAGUAAUUUCGAUAAAAACAUGGUGAGUCACCUAUUAUCAAAAAUAGAUUUCGCAGAAUCGGCUUCUAAAUUAUCAAAAUCUAUUGACAUAUUAGAGAGCUUGUACUUUAUAAAAUCUGCGUGGCAGAAGGUCACUCCAAAGACAAUUAGAAAUUGUUUUAAAAAAGCUGGAUUUCUGAUGGAUCAAGGAAGUUCAACUGACAGUAACUACGAUGUUGAAGAUAAUUUGCCACUUGCGAGACUAGCUGAUUUGUUUAAAUGUAGUAAAAGACUGGGAAUAGAUAAUGUAAAAACAGCAGAAGAAUAUUUAACUGUUGAUCAAAACGUCGAUAUAGAAGAUAAUGACUUGGAAUUUUCGGUAGUCACAAAAAAUGUUGAAAAUGAGACAGAAGAGGAAGAGAAUGAAGAGGUAGAGGUGGAGGAGGACGAGGAACGUAAUCCAAUCACAUCUUAUAAAGAAGCAUUGAAUGUAAUUUCCAAACUAAAAUCAUUCGUGAAAAAUGAUUUUACUGCAUUUCAACAUGUGAAAAAUUUAGAAACACAUAUUGAACGUUCUCUCUUAUUACAAAGAGAAACUUCAUUGCGGCAAAGCAGUAUGCUAGAUUUUAUUCAAACGAAAAAUAAAUAG